AAGCGAAAGCUCUUCCACUAGAUGGCAGAAAGCACUAUACUGUAAUCAACCGAUGUAUCCACUUCGUGUGGCGUUGAGUGCAGUACCGUGUGACUUUUUAGUGGUGUUUUGGCUCAAUGAAUGUUCGGGAAAUUGCACCGAUUGACCCAACCAUAACAUUCGGCACACCUGGAUAUUAUUUCAAUGGGACUAACACAAGAGCUGUAACAAACAUUUUGCUUUCGGUGUGGUUUUAAUUCAUUUAAACGUGCCAUUUGAACAGUCGUAGUAUUUUUUGGAUUAUCCCCACGUAUACGAGCACGACAAUAAAUCACAGUUGGUCCAAUUCUGACGAAGCUGUGGCGUGUCUUGUCUCCUGCAGUAGGGCGCCAUAGAGCUCUUUUGUCCACAUCCCGAGACGGACAAGACAGCGUAUCCGCAAGUAGGGCUAUGUUAUUGUUGUGCCCGGAAAACUUGACGCUUUUCUUGAAGUGACAUUGACGACCAGCGCUGCUGUUGCUGGACAUAGCGGACGCGCGGCAUUUUCACUCAACGUGUUCGCCACUGACCGAGUUCUGCGACUUCAGUUCUCUAGGAAAGAAGUUUGUUGUCUUCACCGGUGUUGCCUGCUAGCGUCGAUGUUGGCGGCUAGCCUGUUCGCGUAAAUGCUGUUGCCGAGAAUGGACCUGUUGAACCCUCAGUUCCUGGACAAGAUGAACAAUAACAUCGGGAGACUGCACUAUGGAGAUGAGUCCAGGACACCCACGCUGCCCUCUGCUGUGUCCAACAUCAGCGGGCCGCCUCCGCUCUGCCCAAGCAAACGGAAGUAUGGCGAUGAACAAAAGGACCAAAUGAAUUGCGAUGAGGACCACGUGACUAAAAUGAGCAGAUUGUUUGCAACUCACCUUGCUCGUCCCUCUGCUGGAGACAACAGUGGUGAGCAUUGGAGCUUGAGUCACAAUCCCGUGGAGAACAUCAGCUCUUCCUCCAACGGUCUCCAUGGGAACCAUCUGUAUGCUUCCAUUUCCGGCUACGCCAUGGACCAGCCGCUAGCGCUGACCAAACGCAGCCUCGACAACACAGUCGUGGGCAGAGAGAGGUCCGUUGUCGGUGCAGCUGUUGAGCGGCAGCAGAAUCGCCCCUCUGUUAUUACCUGUGCUCCUGCAAGCAACCGCAAUUGUAAACUCUCUCACUGCUCCCUGAGCCCAAACUCUGAUGAGAGGAGGACAAAUGCUAACGCAGUUUGCGAUCCUGUGAUUGAGGAGCACUUCCGCCGUAGCUUGGGAAAAAACUACAAAGAAGCCGACCCCGUGAGCAACCCAGCGUCCAACUCUGUCUCCAUCACAGGGUCAGUGGACGACCACUUUGCCAAGGCGCUGGGGGACGCCUGGAUCCAGAUCAAGGCCAAAGGUGGGGGUCAUCAGGCCCCAGAAACAGAUCCAUGAAGAGGUGACAAAAGGUUCCAAUCACUUGUGGACGUCACGUUCAUCAUUUCAGUAUCAAAUCUCUGCAACGUAAGACUUUGCUUUCGUCUUAUUCAAUCCAAGGUCCACUUUUUAUCUGAACUCUUGCCUUACAACAAAACUCUAACCAGAAAAAUAAUGAUGGCUACAUUGGGUCCAGUGUUAGCUGUGAUGUUAUAAAUGGAAAGAUUUUGUCCAUCUAUAAUGAGAAAAGCAGAACGAACAAAAAAAAAAAAAAUAAACAAUGGGUCACUUUUUCUAGGUAAUGUUCUGCGUAUUUACCUGCCUCUGUAGCCAAAGAAACUUCUCCCUGCCUUUCAGCAUGUCAGCAAUAUGUUUUAGGGCUCGAUGCGUUCGUCUACAUUUGUUUCAGAUUUAAAUCUACACUAAAUUUGCUUUGGUAUUACUUGAAAAUGUUUCCCCAUCUCAUUUGCACUAUUACACUUCGGAUAGCAUAUGUAGCAGGUUCCCAUUUUUGUGAUUCAGAACCUGUUUUUUUUUUUUUUUUUUUUUU